CAUUCAGCUUUGGUUUGGUGGAGUUGUGGUAUUUACCUUAUUGGCCCCAUCCAUCAUGGCAUUCUCUCAAGGGGCAAGUCCCGCCUCCUGCAAGGAGAUGGUUCCUGGACAUAUCCGGGCUCAYCCUCUGGACCCGGAGCACAGCCACAUCACUGUUCAGAUGUCCGCCUCUUCCUACCUGCCUGGUCAGCUGAUAACAGUUACAAUUCGAAGUUCUCGGGACUUCAUGGGUUUCCUGCUCCAGGCUCGCAACCUCAGCGGUGUCAAACGGCGUCAGUAUGGCAGAGGUGCUAGGAUCAGGUUCAGGAGUCUCGGUGCCCUGAUGGCAGGGGGCUCCUGGAUCUUGACCCCACCAGGGACCCACACCCUGCACUGUCUGUCCGAGGGCGACACCAUCACCCACUCCGACAAACAACUGAAGAGGAACCUGUCGUUUGUGUGGAGAGCUCCUGAUGUUCCGAUGGGUGACAUCCGGUUUAUCAUUACAGUGGUGCAGUCCUACUUCAUCUACUGGGCUGGCAUUGAGUCUGCAGUGGUGCAUGAUGGGAGUCGUACUGUUUGGAGCAGUGAUGAAAACACAGCAGUGGAUGGAGGAAGCACAAUUUCUACAGUUCAAGAGAAAAGAGUCACUGCUCUGCCAAGAGUCAACAAUUCAUCUGAAGAAGAAAAAAACUGGACACAAACCUUAAAACCAACCCACGGUGGAUCUCAGACUCUCAACUCUUUCAAAACACAAGCAGAAGUUAAUCAAACCACUUUAGGAUCGGACAGCUCUUUGACUUUGGCAAACUAUUCGAGUAAAACAAACACUAUGACUCUAGGUGACACUCAUAUGACUCCUGACUCUCUCUCAGAUGUGUCUAAAGAAACAACCCAUGACCCUGAGUUUCCUCCAAAGACCUCCAUUCCUCUGACAACCUCCAUUCUCUCAGAUGACCAUAGAAAGAUGGACCCAACAACCCGUCCAUUUUCCCUGUCCAACCCUCCUUUUCCGUUCUUCCCUCAAAAGGGAAAAUGGACACAGAGGGAUGAUCCAAAGACUGAAUCCCAAAAACCAAAAGUGAAAACCAAAUCAGAAACAAAAACGCUUGGAACUUCUACAGCUGCACCAUCGAUUGGUCAGACAAUCCAACUUUCAAAGACCCUACCUGAAAAUCAAACAGGGUCGAUUCAGGAGGAAAUAAGUUCAACRUUUGAGACUCGGAGGAUGUUAGAAAAUAUCCUGAGUUUGUCACAAACAAGUAAAGUCAAAACAGACACUGGUUUAUUGUUCCAAACUUCUACAACCAAACUAAACCUCUUAUUUCAAACUGACACAAGCUGGAUCACUUCCCCUUCCAAGACUCCAACCACAUCCGCAAAGACUCAAACCACACCCCCAAAGAUUCCAACCUCAUCCCCAAAGACUCAGACCACAUCCCCAAAGACUCUGACCACACUCCCAAAGACUAUAACCACAUCUCCAAACACUCGGACCAUAUCCCCAAACACUCAGACCACAUCCACAAGGACUCAGACCACAUCGCCAAAGACUCAAACCACAUCCCCAAAGACUCCGACCGCAUCCCCAAAGACUACAACGACAUCUCCAAACACUCGGACCAUAUCCCCAAACACUCAGACCACAUCCACAAGGACUCAGACCACAUUGUCAAAGACUCAAACCACAUCCCCUAAGACUCCGACCACAUCCCCAAAGACUACAACCACAUCCCUAAAGACUACAGCCACAUCUCCAAACACUCAGACCACAUCCCCAAAGACUCAAACCACAUCCCUAAAUACUCGGACCACAUGCCCUAAGACUCAAACCACAUCCCCAAAGACUCAAACCACAUCCCCAAAGACUCAAACCACAUCCUCAAAGACUCCAACAACAUCCCCAAAGACUCCAACCACAUCCCAAAAGAUUCCAAUCACAUCCCUAAAGACUCCGACCACAUCCCCAAAGACUCAGACCACAUCCCCAAAGACUUUGACCACAUCCCAAAAGAUUCCAAUCACAUCCCCAAAGACUCUGACCACAUCCCCAAAGUCUGCUUUUCCAUCCAAAUCUUCAACAUUUGGACAUUUUCAAGUUCCACCCAUAACUCAGGUCAUCUCUUCACCAGGAUCAAGUCCAUCAGAACUUAAAAAUAUCAAACUAACUGUCUUGCCAGUGAAUUCUAUGUCCCCAAGCGUCUUUUCUCAAUCACUGUCUCUAAGCAGCUUUUACCAAACCUCGUCAGAAACUCAGUCCCAAACGAGUUCAGUCAAAGCACAAACUGUUUUUUUGUCUCAAACUUCUUCAUCUGAACCAAAUCUGAUAUUCCAAACUCAAACGAGUCAUAUUUCUUUACUUCUCGAGAUGUUUACCCCCAAGACACAAACAUUAUCAAAGUCAGUUCCUCCAUCCAAAUAUCCAACUCUUAAGUCCUUCAGAGUUACGCCCAUUACUCAGACCAACCAUCUACCAGGAACAAGUCCACCUGGACCCAAAAGUACCCCAAAGCAAACCGUAUCACCUCAAACAACUAUGUCCCUGAGAAAUCCCUUUCAGCGUCAAUCUGGUGUUAGUUUUCACCAAGUUCAGACAGAAACUGUCCAAACUCAACCUGGUCUUCUACAGAGAGCCCAGUCCCAAUCUGAGGUACCAGAAGAGACUUUAAGGAUCUCUCCCCAACCUCAGUCCCAGACAAUUUUCCAAACAGGACAAACCUUAUCUCCACAACCCGUCAAGCCUCAAUACUUCACACUGGAAAAAGAUCUUGAGUCCGUGACCAUGAGUCCAGUCUUUGUUUUUACUCCCUCGAGCAAUUAUUUAAGUCCAAUUAGUUCCUCUUCAUCCUUCCAGUCUUUAGAUGGAUCUUCUGGUCUUCACCCCAGUGAUGCCUCUCCUUUACAUUCAACAUUCAGGUCAACAAUCUCUGUCCCUUCCUCUUCCUCCUCUGAGAAUCAACCCAGAACAACCCCAGUCUCCACAUCUCAUCUACCUUCUGCCCAGCGUUCUUCUACAGCCAAUCAACCAUCCUUCCUUACAUCUCCCACCAUUCCACCAAGCACGUCUAAUUAUCCUUCAAACUCUUCCUUUUCUUCAGCUACUGUAUCUACAUCUUCAUUCUUUAACUCCUCUAAGUGUUUCACAAGUUCUAACUUUUCAUCCUCUUCUACUUUUGCUGCAGCAUCUCAAACGCUUUUCUCCUUGUCUUCAUCACCACCAACUCCAACUUCUAUUGCUUCUUCCCCUACUUUACCUCCACCUUCUGUCUCAUUUACCACAACACCAUCAUCUUUUAUCUCUUUAGCCACUCCUCAUCCAGGACCUUCAUCAUCUCAAUUUGUACAGACCUUGUUCACGACGCCUUCCAAGAAAACCAGUCCUCAACUGAACCUCGGCUCACUUGUUCAUCCCAACCCCAAACCUUUUCCAAACCACAAACUCGAUCAUGGCCAAGAAUUUAAACCAAACAUUCCGAACACUGACACCAAACCCAAGAGACCAUCAAGUCCCUCCAACACUCCGGACAGGGAGCGGAAGUACCCAGACAUCAACCCCAGACACAGUUCCUGGGAGCUGGGCAUGCUGUUGGGCUGUUCUGCUGGCCUGGGCAUGGUUCUGGUGGUCGGGGUGAGGUACGUAUACCGUCAGGCCUGUGGCUGGCGGACGCAGGUGACCCUGAAUGACCAGGAGAGGGAGUACGGGAGAGGCUUGAUUCAGGUCCAAGAGUGUGGAGAUUUGGUCCGAGUCCGGAAGAUCCGAGAGAACAGUUUUGUGCUUCUGACGGAGUACGAUGUCCUGGCACCACCUGGAAACUAAAACACAGGUUUUUCUAAGACAACGGGAGAAAAUAAAUCCUGAAUCCAGACGGACUUUUAACAGAGCAGCUAAAUGAUCAAAAAUAAAAGAUAAAAACAAAAACUGUUUGUCUGUUUUGGGAACAAUUCUGGUGGUGAAGGAUUUUUUUUUUACAGUUAAUGUUUUGACUCAGCCUCUAUCUGAAUGUGGGGUUCUGUUUGUAGGAAAAUAAGUCCAAUGUGAUUUUUUUAAUGAAAGAUUUCUUUAAAACUAUUGUUUCUUUAUUUCUUUAGUCAACAUAAAUCCAUUGACAGUUCUACAGAUUUUCAUCCAUGUCUUUUGUAUAUUUCAAAAAUAAAUUGGACUUGGCAUAUCCAAACUUCUAGAAAUUGGCCUUUGUCUUUUUAAGAACCUGCUACCAUUUCCGACAUUCCCACUUCAGCCCGUC